UGACCCGAAUUUCUGCGCAGAACGCCCCAGUUUGUCUGCGCACUGCAACCACUGUGCAUCCCUGGACAACAUGGCGUCAAUCAUAAAAGACACGGGCGAGAUCUGGAGCAGGCUUUUCGAUCAUCGGCCGUUCGUUCAGGGCGAGAUCACAUUUUUCUUAAGGGAGUUUCAGGACAAAAGGAACGACAGGGAAGUCCAACACCUUUUUAAAAUCUUGGAGUUCUCGACUGAACUGGGUCAAAAUCAGUUGGAUCGGGUGGAACAGCUAGGCGAUUGUCACCUGCCGAGCUUGAAAGCCAAUGUAGAUGUUGCACUGAGCAUGUGCGAACGGGUUUUGCAACGAGAAGAGGAAUUUGAUAGUGAAACUAAAUUAAAUGAAAAACGAGAGCUUAGAAAAGCGGAGUGGCAAAAGUUCAUAAAUGAUAUGAGUGAAAAGUGCCAAAAAGUUGAUGAGACGUUUCAAGAAAAAGAGAAGGAACUCGAAGAAUUUUAUGCUGAUUUAGAGAGGAAGUUACACAUUACCCCAUAAAUUUGUUACUUUUCAAA